AUGACAUCCUUUGAGUUACAACCCUCCUCUUCUUGUCUAGAAGACCAGACCAAACAAGUUAAGAAGCCUUUGGAUACCAAGGUCGACAUUGACUGUGUCGAGAGCGCAGGGGCCGACCAGCCGGCCAGCUACGACGAGUCCGUGGCUGCUCGUCUUCCCAAAGCCCAUCAGUACUAUUUGCGCCAACGACAUGGCACACUGGAACUGGACCCGAUCCCAGGCAUGGGCCCGGACGACCCUUACAACUGGCCUGAAUGGAAGAAAAUGACCAAUCUUAUCCUCGUGGCAUUUCAUGCUUGUAUGGGUACCUUCACUGCCGCAGCUAUUAUCCCUGCCUUUUCAGACAUCGCCGAGGAAUUCGGUGUUGGCUUGCAAAAUGCUAGUUACCUGACUUCGUUGCAAAUCGCCAUCUUGGGAGGCGCUCCACUGUUCUGGAAACCAUUGUCAAACCGCUUCGGUCGCCGCCCCAUCUUCCUCUUGUCACUCGCCUGCAGUCUGGUGUGCAACGUUGGCUGUGCCAAAAGCACUACCUAUGCAUCAGUCGCUGCCUGCCGGGCUUUAGUGGCAUUUUUCAUCUCACCUGCCUCGGCCAUCGGCAGCGCUGUGGUGAUGGAAACCACUUUCAAGAAAUACCGUGCCCGCUACAUGGGUGUUUGGACCCUGAUGAUCACUUUGGGAGUGCCAAUCGGACCCUUCCUUUUCGGUUUCGUCACCUACCGUACGGAUUAUCACUGGAUCUACUGGAUCCUGGCUAUGAUCAAUGGUGGACAAUUCAUCCUAUAUCUCUUCUUCGGACCUGAGACUCGGUAUGUUGGCAGCGGUGUUAACCGUCCACAGGCAAACUGGAAGACGGAGUAUCUGUCAAUUCGGCGGAUUGAUCCCACCCCGCUGACCUGGUGGGAGUUCGUCCGACCUCUGACCAUGGCCCGCCACCCAUCCAUUCUCAUCCCCGCCUGUGCAUAUUCCAUGGUCUUCUUGUUUGGUAGUGUCCUUGCGACCAUUGAGGUGCCUCAGCUGUUGCAAGAGAAGUUUGAGCUGAAUGCCGAGCAGCUAGGCCUCCAGUUCUUGGGUGUCAUCAUUGGAUCGGUAAUUGGCGAACAGAUGGGUGGUGUGCUGUCAGACUUCUGGAUGAGCCGACGCGCCCGGCAUAUCGACCGCAAGCCUGACCCCGAGUUCCGGCUGUGGCUCAGUUACUUUGGCUUUGCCCUGACGAUUAUCGGUAUUAUCGUCUUCCUGGUCUGCACUCAGGACUCGCCAGCCGGCCACUGGAAUGUGUCUCCCAUAAUCGGCACUGCUAUUGGUGCGGUCGGUAACCAAUUGGUAACAACGGUCAUGAUCACUUAUUCCGUCGACUGCUACCCCCAGGAGGCCGCCAGCAUUGGUGUGUUCAUCACCUUCGUGCGCCAGACCUGGGGGUUUAUUGGCCCCUUUUGGUUUUCUCCCAUGUUCAAGAAUGUUGGAGUCGCUCCAAGUGCGGGUAUCGGUUCUGCGCUCGUCGUCGCUAUCAGCAUUAUCCCGACCAUGUUCCUGCACUCCAGGGCGAAGGUCUGGCGUCGAAAUGAGGGCGAAGAGUAA